GAAAGGACAGAUGAGCAGACAAACAUGCUAUGCAAACAUGGCUAUCCCGGGCUAACCACAAGCUGAUGUUGCUGUUUGAACCAUAGACAGUAUAUAAGGUUUGAACCACGAGAGGGCGACAGUGUUCACUCUUUGACUGCUUCACAGCCGGGAACCUUUGCUCAGUGACGACGGACAUUUUACUGUGGCGGACCAACAUGGCGGCGCUGGGGAGGGUAACAACCUGUUUCCGUCUCUUCAGGAGUUCAGCUCGUGUCCUGUUCAGUAGCAGAAAACCUGCAGUCCAUAAAGCGGGCAAAUGGACUAAUAUUCUGUAUACAGGUAUAGCGUCUUUGACUGUGGGCUGUGGGCUGUGUGCUAUACCUUUCGGACAGGUUGAAAACCUCUCUCAUGACUCUCUGAUCAGACGAGCAGCCUCUCUGGUCACAGACAGUUCGAGCUCUUUUCUCUCUCAGACCACUUUGGCUCUCAUAGAUGCCAUCACGGAGUACUCAAAGGCUGUGCACACACUCAUUGCCCUCCAAAAGCGAUAUUUGGAUUCACUGGAAAAACUGACUCCAGCAGAAGAGGAUACAAUCUGGCAGGUGAUCAUUGGCCAGCGUUUAGAGGUUAGUGACAAACGAGAUGAAUGCAUGCGUUUUGAGUUGAACUGGGUCAACGCCGUGAAGCUGUGUGAAACGGCAGCCGAGGCAGCAUACAUCUCAGGAGCUGAACAUGCGUCCAUCACAGUGAGGACAAACAUUCAGGUGGCCCAGUCGCAGGUGGAGAAGGCCCAGAAAAUGUCGGUGGAUGCAGAUGUGAAGUUGGCCGAGACUAAAGUAAUGGAGGUUGAAAGGGUGUCCCAAUAUGUUGCCUCCUUAGAGAACAGUGAUGAGGAAGAGGUUCCUGAGGCUUACUUAAGAGAAGACUGAAACAAAUAUCCUGAGUUAUUAGAAAACAUAAAAAACUUUAUUUGCUUUCAAAGUAAAUAACUUUUUAUCAUCCUUACAAUGUCUUCUCUCUUUUUAGUCUUUAACAUGUUUGGCUGUGACUCGUUAUGUAGAUUGUGCUCAAAUGUGCUUACAUCUACACAUAAUCAGCAAUAUAAAAAAAAAAGAAUCACACAAAAUGAGGACGUCUCCAUAAGUCAGCACCUUUUUUAUUUUUAUUAUCUAAGUGUAUAUAGUGGAAUAAUGACUAUCAACUGCUUCUGCAGCAUAGAGGAUUAAGUUUUUGAUCCACUGUUUAUUGUGUUGUGACUCGACCAGCAUCUGAUUUUUGUUAUAUUUUGUCAAAAUUCAUUGUAAUAAAAACAAGACGGUAAGAAAA